UCUUCAAGUAUUAUUCAAUUGAUAGACCAAAAAAAUGUAACCAAACAAACGCACAGAAAAAAACGCAGUAACUGCAAAGUCAGACAGUUUAAAAACCAGUUUGAUUCAGAUAUUGCUGCAGACGAUUGUAGGAUUAGGAUAAAUUUUUAUACAAAGCAAGAUUCUUCAGGUAAGGAUUUUAAACGACGUCUUGUUAUUUAAACCAUUGUCGUUUGAGCUGCUCCUACACCUAGUUGGAUGUUUGCAGUUAUACAGAUAUCAUUGUGUAUCAGUUCGUUAUACUGGUUUGGUGACCAAAAUGACAAAGAAACACAUAGGAACACGUAUCUUGGAUGUUUUUGCGCAUGCACCAGGGACUUUGAAAGAAAAUUUGUACUCUUUACCAGUUAAUGUAUUGAUACUUUGCCUGAUAUUAUGCAAGUGCGUAUCUGUAGGGUACUUUGUAAUGGGUCUGGUUUGGAAGCUCCACACCGACGUUAUUGAUGAGAGCUGGAUCAGGAUUCUAAACAGGCUGUGGAUCGGAAAUCUUAGACUAGGGUCUACAGUCAAUGGACUAGUGUUCACAGCGAUAUGUCUGUUUCCAGUUUAUGUCAUCGCUGGGACUCUCGGAUUAGUGGGAGUAUUUCGUAAAAAGAAGAUUUGUAUUGUUUUGUACAUGGUUUUCCUGUUGAUGUUCCUAAUGAUAGACAUAGUUUAUGUAUCCCUUUUUGCUGCUCUUCUCACAAAUAUGAAGUCUUUCUCCCUAGCAUCGGAUUUUCAAGGAAUAUAUACGUCCUUUGUGCUUCUCAACCAAAAUAGUCAAACUGAUGUUAAGAACAUCAAAGCUGAUUGGCUUCAGAUGUUUCAGUUGUUGGGAUGCUGUGGCAUAACAAACAAUGAUGGUGACAGUCAUUGUACCAGUUAUAUUUCGACACGCCCGUGUUGGGAAAAAUUUUCGGAUACUAUGACCACAUACUGCUCUUCCUAUCUCAGUUUGUCCGGACUACUAUUUUUUCUUGAGAUCAUACAACUGUCUUUAUGCGACCUUAUCUACAGCCAAUUGUCUAGAGAGAAGAAACUUCCAUUCGCUUUAGCUAAAACCUUUAUAUCAAAGAUGCAGGUCUCCUGGAAAACGUCCCGGAAAACUGUUUUGACAAACAUUUGUAGAGUUCUUUCAAGCAUUAACGCCAUUGUUCUCAUUAUACUGGGGUCGGUGUUGCUAAAUGAUGACCAAAUGACUGGAGAAUAUGUAUAUCACAUUUACAUUCAACUUUACUUUUGUGGACUUAAUUUCACGGACAUCAUAAAUGGACUCGGACAUCUAAUGAUUGUUCUUGGGACUUUGGAAUUAUUUGCAAAUAUUUUAGCUGUGCUUGCUGACGUAAAGUUUCCAGAAAACAAGACCAAAAGUGCAAUGUUUUUGGGACUUAACAGCCUGCUAAUGGUGUUGAAAAUUACUGUCUUAAGCUUAUGCAUUCAACUCGUUCUGCAGAUGAAUGGCGACGAACCUCGUAAACAGAUGGCAUACUUAUUAAGAAACUAUAGCAUGGGUGAUAUGGCACGUAAUUGGAUGUAUUUAUUCAGCGAACUUCAAUGUUGUGGAUUAAUAUCUGGUUAUGAUAUUUCUGACUUUAUAACGAUAUCUCAUGGAUAUUAUCCAAUUACUUGCUGCCGAAUGACAUUAUAUGAUACAUCAUAUAGUCAGAUACGUUCCAGCACCGAAGUAUAUGGACAAUAUUGCGACUUGAUACAAACGGGAUGCCUCGGAAAGUUAACUAAAAAUUUUCAAAUUUACACAACUGGGUUUCUUGUCACAACGGCGAUGUCCAUAGCUUUCGGGAGUAUGGUAAUUGUGUUUACCACAGCACAGUUGAAAUCCAUUUAUUCAACUAAUCUUAAAAAAGAUGGAAUACCUGAAGAAAAUGUAGUUGACCGAAAACAUAUCGCCAAGCGUCUCAUCACAUACUGUAAAAUGAACUUGGAAGAUGUAACUCUUAUGAUUGCUACCAUUCUUUGCAUUAUCUUUGGAAGUGCCCUAUUGAUAGAAGGAUUUCUGUUUAAAUAUGAUUCAAUAUUUAACCACCAUAUAAUAAAAGAGGUCCUUUUUAACAAUAUUACAUUUGAAGGAUUGUCUUUUACUGAAAUAAGGCAGUCACAGUAUUCUUUUAUGUUUGCUACCGGAACAGUCUUGAUAGUCAUUUGUGGAAGUGGAAUUUUUAUGUUAAAGACGCAAUCAAAAUAUCUUCACAUAAUUCAAAUGGUGUUUGUGAGUCUUGCGCUGGCGUUGACAAUCAUUGGGUUAGGCCUAUGGGGGAAAAUAAAAGAUUCGAUAAGUAACCAACUGCAAAAUGAAACAGAGAUUUUCCUGGACAGGUUUCGUUACAAUUCCAAUAGACAAUUUGCACACUUACUUACCUCAGAAGGAGCUUUGAACAAUCUUUUUGCCAAGGCCGAAUGCUGUGGACUCGCGUUUUCUGAUGGCAGUGAACUUUCUUUAGGAGGAGGAGAAAAAAUCCCAAUUUUUUGCUGCAAAAGCAAUCCAUUGACAGAACCAUCCUUAUUAAGUAAUGACGAUUGCACUAAAGGAAUAGACCCAAGCCUGCGACACAGGACUGUGGCAUGCAAUGAUGCAAUACUGACCAGACUGGGAUACUACGACACCUCCUUUUUCUGUUUCACCUCGUUGACAAUUCUUUGUUUAAUUAUUCAGCUAUCAUUUUACAUAUAUCGAUUGUGUAAAAGGAAUUUUACUCCCUUGCAAAAGGAAAAAUACUUCAAUCUGCUUAAAAGUCAAGGGGGAGACAGACUCUCAGUCGUUUUUGAGUGGAGAACACUAUUUCUGUUUCUUGUGAUGAUAUCCUCAGUAAGCAUGGUUGUUUUCGGAGUUCUUUUGAAACACGACGAUAAAAUGACUGGUGAUUCUGUACAAUACAUCUACCAGUUCCUUUAUUUCCAUGGCGCCAACUUCAAUGACAUUGUGGAGACAAUGUAUCUCAGUCUGAUUGUUUUAGGCGUCUCUUCCUUGGUUUGUUGUAUGCUGGGACUGUCUGAUAUAUUUAAACUUCUGAGACAUACAGCAAAGGAAAAAUUUUACGUUGUUGCCCUGUUCAUUUUGAUUCCUGCAAAGCUUACCUGUGUUUUUCUUUUAGAGUCAAUUCAUUCAGAGAUUGAUACUUAUUCAAACAGUACAAACUACCAGUUAUUAAAUAUGGAUCGACAAUUUUCAAACAUUUAUUCCAAUUUUUAUACUUAUCUAAAUAAUUUUUACCAUCAGUUCGAUUGCUGUGGAUCUACAGGAUCACAUGGAUUUCGAUAUCUUGUUAAUAAUGCUGGAUAUGGGUCGGUGGCUGGAUAUCAACCACGUGUGUGUUGUCAAGAAUACCAGAACUGGCAAACGCAAAUGUUGUCUUCUACGCAGUGUGAGAAAAAGGCAUGUGGUGGAGAGUUCCUUUCUAUUGUUAACCAUUAUAUGUAUGGAUUAAUGGCAUCCAUGUCAAUUACGGCAGUGUUUGAGAUUAUUUGCCUAAUUUUUUCCAUGUAUUACCUUCUGCGUUUUAAAAAACAAGAACAACGUGAGAUAAAACUAUGGAUAGCAGAACUUUUAAAAAAAUUUUGUUCAAGAAGACAUUUGUGCGGAUUGGCGUGUGGAAUUUUAAAGUUGAUGUUGUCUUUGGCAUUUUUGGCUGAAAUCAUUGCUCUCCGAUAUGAUGAGAUAUUUGCCAACAAACAGAUCUAUUUUCUUCUUGCAAGAGUAUCCAUGGCUGGGAACUCGUUUACCAUGAACCUAGUUAUUUUCAGAUGGUUGAUGAUUACAUCCAUGUGUCUUCUUCUCCUUGACUCUAUCUAUUCAUUUCUAACGAUUUACAAAGAAUCAAAGAUUUUGCAUGCCUUCAACAUUGUUUUCUGUGUCCUUGGAAUUUCUUUCGUCCUUGCUAACCUAGGAUUCUGGAUAGCAGUUGAUGUUGAGAAUUUUCCGAGUGAGUUAAUGUCACAAUUUUCAGCCAUAUACCAUUUUAACUCCCUGCUAUACGAAGGUUACCAAAUGAACGAAAACGGUGCCUGGAACAAUUUGUUUGUUAAGCUAAAAUGUUGUGGAUAUAAUUACGGUAACGCAUCUGAUUUUCCACGUCCCAUUAAUUUGCAAGUCGGAACCUCAGUAAUAAAUUCUUAUUACUUAAUGUAUGAUAUGACCCCCUUGUUUUGUUGUUACUCCAAUCCGUUGACACAGACAUACAACUCAGACUACAGCACAUGUACUUCUCCCGGAGGGAGUGGUUAUCGUUAUACAGAGCCAUGUUUUCAGAAACUGUCGGAAAGACUUAAAGAAAGGUACAGCAUUGCCUUUUACGUCAUGACUUCACUGGCUUGUUUACUUGAGAUUUUUACUAUUAUCAUUCUAAGUAAAUUGAUAAAGAGUGAUUUGCCCCUAAAAGAAGAUCCAAUUUUGCUGAAAAUGAGAGUCCAUCCAACAACUAGGGGAAAAUUAAAGAACACCUCAGAAGAACAGAGAAAUAAGAAUUAUGAUAUGUCUACAUUGGAGGAAAAAGAAAGAAAUGAACUCUCUCAAAUUUCUACAACAGAAGACAUGAAUGGCACUGUUUUGGAGGAAAAUCAGGAUGAAAAAUCUGAGAAAAUAGAGAAGAAAAAAAGAAGACGAGGGGGUAAAGUGAAGCCAAUAUCCGAUAUACCCAAUCCCGUCCAAAGGCCGUUGUCAAAGCUGCCUCCACUGCAGAUGCAGCGUAAACCAUAGUAUUGGACCUGUGUCUAUUUAGAGAUUCGGUUUGUUUUAAAUGGUAUUGUUUGUAUCACAUCGAAAAUAUAUUGUUAAUGCAUCACCCGAAAGUACUGUUGGACAUAUUUAAAAAAACCACGUGACCUAUGUGUUUUAAAGCAUGGAUCAAACUCUGAAUGUGGACUUUGAGAUUUUUGACACACAUGCACUUGAUAAAGCGACAUUCGAUUGAUACCCACAACGUAUUUUACAAUAAACGUUUGAUUUUAUAUUUUUUCCUUUAAAUUGUUUUUGAUUAACAUAUUUUCAAGUUCUUGUUUGCAUUUCUUUGAAUGGGUGUCAAUGAUUUGAUUGAUUAGUAUUUUAUCACAACUUAUUUUUAAAAUAUUCAAUUGGUUUGUAGAUGUUUGGUGUUUUUUUAUCUUUUUAAUUUAAGAAUUGACAUAAUGUACCUUGCAUGUGUGAAAAAUUAACAGAUGUUUUGUUUUUACCAUAAAACUAUGUCAUAUCAUUGUCUGUUACCCUAAAUAUGAAAAAGUUUUCAUGACGUAAAGUAUUUAAUAAAAUGUUUUACUCACAAUGAAAC